CACUAGUUUUUAAUGAGAUUGAAGCGCUUUGCACGAUACUUUUUCAUGUUUAUCUGCUCUGUGCACCUCAUGUUUUUACAGGAGCGCCCUGAACACUUCAAGUUGAAAAUAAUUCAACACAGAGCGGAAGAGCGCCGACAACAUUAGCUUUUUUUCUUUCUUAUUGUGGUGACUUUUGCUGGUUACCCGGAGCUUUAUGACUUCACCAACCUUAGUUACCAUGAUCUGAACAGAAAACAGCAGGAGGCAAAUUAGUGCGGUACAUGAGAUUUCGGAGGAGCCUUUCCUCAGAGCAGAAGGGUGGAGUGGCAGCCAAGGGCGACAGUGGCGUUACUGAAGACGGUGUGGCAGCGGAGGCCAUAAUCCAUGGCUUUCCUGUGCUGACUGGUCUCUCAGAGCCCAGCUGGUGUUGGGUUUCCAUCCAAGCAGCUGGACGAGGGAGUUUUGUGGUCCUCUUCAGUCCUCUUUGAAAGAGGAUAGUCAAGCAGAGUCCCUCCAUGAGGCCCUGAGGACCCUGCCACUGCAGCCACGCUGAAGAGAGACGUCCCUGUUGCGGUCCGGCAUGAGCAGCUGGAAGACUCUGGGAGACAUUGGCAACAGGUUGCGAGGCCGGUGCGCGUCUGAACAUAAUCAGCCAUGGCGACGGCAAAUGUUACACUGGAAAAUCAGCUGCACAGUGCGCAGAAAAACCUGCUCUUCCUCCAGCAGGACCAUGCCAGCACGUUGAAGGGGCUGCACGCAGAGAUCCGCAGAUUACAGCAGCAAUGCACAGAUCUGACUUAUGAGCUCACUGUGAGAAGCUCUGAUCCCUCAGACAGCGGUGAGGUCCGCUGCAGAGAGCUGCAAAGGAGGUGUGAGGAGCUGGAGGCCCAGCUGAAGAAGAAGGAGGAGGAGAACACAGAGCUGAUCAGGGACCUUGAGCAGAAGAACGCCAUGAUCUCCGUCCUGGAAAACACCAUUAAGGAGAGAGAGAAGAAGUAUCUGGAGGAGCUCAAGAUGAAGAGCCACAAGCUGGCUAUUUUGUCCGGCGAGCUGGAGCAGAGAGCGAGCACUAUUGCUUACCUUACCUCACAGCUUCACGCCACCAAGAAGAAGCUGUUAGCCGGCAGUUCGUCUGAGGCCAGCCCCAACGUUAGUCCGGUCACCUCGUACAAGCCAACGCCUCCGCCGGCCAAAGACAGGCAGCCUGAAACCCCACGGCGCCGCAUGAAGAAGAGUCUCUCCCAGCCUCUUCACCCAGAGUUGACUGAGGUGUAUCGGCUCGGCCCGGAUGGUAGGCGGUUGAUUCUGCGGGAGACAGUAGACGCAAUGCCCGACCCCACACCCUUCCUGCAGGCUGGGAGAGAGUCUCCCGAACCGCAGGUAGUGCGAGAACGGCCCGCCGUUAUCCCUCCAAUUGCCUCUGAGCGCUCCCCUCUCACUCCCCUGGGUGCCUCGGCCAGCCCUCGUCACAGCCCCGCUCGGGACCGUCAGUACAGGGCUCACGUGGGCGUGGCGCACCGCAUCCCACACGGCACCGCUCCUCUGGCCCCACCGCAAGCAGAGCUGGAGACGCUGGCGGUGGACCAGGUCAACGAGGAGAAGGUUGUUCGGAAGCGCUCGGGAGCCGACCGGACAGUUUAAAACUGCAAUGCUAACAUGCACACAGACACACACACAUACACAUCUACUGUAUACACACUGCAAGAGCAGGAAGGAGCCUGACCCACUGUGUAGCCUGCUUUUUACGCAACACUGCAAUAUGAAACAAAAGUACAAACUUAUAAUUUUGUUCAUGGUAUUCCAUAAAGACUUUUGUUUAUUUUAAAGGUAUAAUAUGCAAGAAAUGACAAAAAAACAAUGUAUAGACGAAAAUAUGGUCUCUCAAUCAUAACUUACACCCCACUAGAAGUGUGUGGUGGUGUCUGUUUCUGCAGAGACCCUGUAGCCCUCUGCCUGUAUUUUCUCUUCUUAUUUUGCUUUACUUGGGAUACUUCUGGGCAUCUGUAAACAGCCUUUAGGCCCCACAUGGGGGUGUAACCCCCCAGCCAAUAACAGCGUGCAGGGUGUGCGACCCGUUCAGAUGGUCAAAUGCAGCCCCUUUGUCACGCCCCUCGGCUUCUGAUACCAAGGCACAAGUCUUCACAUACAAAGCGGCCAUAUUUCACGGAUGAGAACGGGUUGUUUUAUGUGCAUGUGUUCCAGUGAUGCCCCUACUCCUCUCUGUGCUGUGAGUGCAGCUAUGAUCGUUGUGUCGGUAGUUUGACGAGAACAACGCUAAGCCACAGCCAGCAGACAGGAAGCCUGCAUUUAUUCAAAAUCCGGCAACUCAGCACCUUCUCGCAGGAUUAUGCAAAGUUUGUUUUGUGUUUUAGAACGUAACCCCUGAGAAACGAUCAGAAAAUAACGUGUUAUUUAUCUGAUUCGCUGCUUUGUUCUAACUAACGCCGCUCCCUUUCUUCAGUCACUCUGUAGUUCGCUCGACCACCGCUACUCUCUCUCUCCCUCUCGGCACCUUGAGCUAUGGAGGUGGGGCCAACUUUGAAUGCUGUGUUUACAAACAGCAACCGACAACUGUUACAUAUUAUACCUUUAAUAUACUUUAGAAAAUGACUACUAUAAAGCAUGCCAAAUGUCUCUUAUUUACAACCCAAUGAGAUCUUGUAUUAUACACAUCUUGACUUUUUGCUUGGACUUUCUCUUCAUUCUGUCUCAUGUGGUGCAUACAACGAAUUCUCUGCCAAAUAUCUGCAUCAGUGCCUGCUCGACCGGAUCAACCAUACACAAGCUGUGUCGUGUAGUCAUGGCUCAUAGUUAUCUUUACAUAUCUCCGUCUGCUCCAUCUUCCCAACAACAAUCUGGACAUAUCAACAAACUAUAUAACAAGGCGUCUGCAGCUGCUGCGUAGGAUAGAACUGAAGAUAUUAAACUAAUACUCUCCGAAUGUCUUUCAUCUUCUUGUGAUGUCAGUAUAAUAACGUUACUGUACGUACGAGCUGCAUAAUGUGCAAUUGCUGGUGAAAGGUGAAAGAGCUGUCAUUUCACCUUUCUUUUGUUGGCUUUCAAAAACCAGAGCGGUGUGUAAAUGCAGUAUGAAUGAUGGUGAACAGGGCGUAUAUUUGUGUGUGUGUGUGUGUGUGUGAGAGUGUGUGAGAGAGAGAGAGACAACGAAGGCCAUUGAAAGAAUUAAGAUUUGGCUUAAACAAUAUCUGUUGAUGUUAUUUGUGAUACAAGGGCAUUUUUGAAAACACUGCUGUAAUAGGAUUUUGUGAUAUUAUUAACUGUACUUUAUAAAGGCUGUACAUUUUUAAUGAAUUCUUUUUUAAUUUAUUGUUUAAUAGAGAACACAAAAGCACCUCAGAUAUUGACAGUAGUCACUGCACCACCAACGUGACGGAUAAUUAUAAUCACUUAAUAACCUGCUUUUCACAUUAAUAUCACUUGUCCUUGAAGUAUACGUAUGAAUCAAUACAAUAAAGCAAUGCUUUUUUGGUUUG